GUCAUUGUUCUGUAUUAACCAAUCGGGUGGUUCCCUAGCUGUUCCAUUACGUUGUAUAACAGGCGGAGUCGUAUACGAGUACCCAGUGUGAAAAGUGUAAACACAGUGAACGUCACAUAGACACAUCACUUGACAGGUCUCUAUCGCUAUAAAGAAAACUUUGUACAUUGUUAUUUAUAGAUAAUAAUUGUCAACAGGCCGUGAAGUUUUAAAUAAGGUUAUUGAAAUAGAAAUAGCUACACUGUGGUGAAUAAUCAACAAUGUUGUCUUAAAACUUUUGUGGAAAUGGACUUAAAUGUAUGAUACAAAGCUGUAUCAUUAAUAGUGUGACUUCACUGACAACAUAUUCUGUGACGUUAAACUGAAUACUAGUAUCUAGAAAACUACGUCUAAGAUUACUUAAGAUGAGCAGCAAAGUCUCUGGAAUAUCAAGUAGGAUCCUGACAGAUAUCCCAUGUGUCGUAUGUCAGGACCAUUCCUCCGGCAAACACUACGGAAUAUACGCCUGCGAUGGGUGUGCUGGAUUCUUCAAGAGAUCUAUCAGACGCAAUAGACAGUACAUAUGCAAAUCAAGAGGUCAAGGUCGAUGUCCCGUGGACAAGACUCACAGGAACCAGUGUCGAGCAUGCAGGCUUGGGAAAUGUAUGGACGCGGGAAUGAAUAAAGAUGCUGUUCAGCAUGAGAGAGGACCUCGCAAUUCAACAAUACGUCGCCAGGUGGCCAUGUACCUAAAGGAGACAAGCGAGUAUGGUGGUUAUAUCACCCAUUCUCCAUUCCGGCCCCCCUAUCUGACAGGUUGUCUAAAUGUAGAGCCGGUAGCAGACGGCAUCACCACGAUUAGUGCUACAGGGCCACCUUCUCCUGUUUCUCCAACCUCAUCCGGUCUUCUAUGUCACCCCACCGCUAAGUACCCACAAGAAAUUAUGCAGGCCUAUUCCAGUAAUCCAGAGGCUGUUUGCGAGGUUGCAGCUAGACUUUUAUUUAUGAGCGUAAAAUGGACAAAGAAUGUUCCCGCAUUUUUGGGCUUACCCUAUAGAGACCAGUUACUACUUCUAGAGGAGGGAUGGCGGGAGUUGUUUGUCCUCGGAGCAGCACAGUUCCAGAUGCCAUUUGAAGCUGGGCCGUUAUUAACUGCUGCAGGUAUUAACACAGAUGAAUCUCCAGCUGAGCAAGUUGUCAAUAUAAUGACAGAGUUAAGAGCAUUUCAGGAAAUCCUUUCAAAAUUCAAAUCCUUGCAAGUUGAUCCUACGGAGUUUGCCUGCCUGAAGGGAAUAGUUCUGUUCAAAACAGCAUUUCCCUCAUCAACAUCAGCAGAUGUGAAAACACUGAGAGACUUCCACACCGUGGCGGCACUACAGGACCAAGCACAAUUGACUCUGAGUAAAUACAUACAGGUUACAUACCCCACGCAGCCAUUCAGAUUCGGGAAGCUGUUGCUACUUCUCCCAACCCUGAAAGCCAUAACCGGAAGCACUAUCGCCGACCUCUUCUUCAGAAAGACAAUCGGAUCCAUCCCUAUUGAACGUCUACUGAUAGAUAUGUUCAAAUCCUCUGACUUUUAAAGACAAUGUCAUUAUCAUUGUUCGUAAUUCUCAUUAGUGCUCAUUGUUCAUUUCAGGUAAUAUUGUUGAUGUAUCGUUUACACAUAAUUAAUUAUAUUUGGUAUAUUCCCAACCAAAUUAUCAUGAUUUACACUGCAAAUUGUUCAUACAAUCCCUAGUCAAAUAAUGCAUGAUUCCAUUCAUAUCAAAACGACAUAUCUAUUAAAUUCUUGUCCUUUUUUUAGAAUUAUUUUGUGGAAAUCGCACGAGAAAACGAAAUACGAAUUCUUAUUCUGACAUCUAUAAUAUAUAGUACGCAACCAACAUUUCUAACAAGUUGAUAAUAUGAGCUCAGACAGUGUGUUUAAGAUGAAGCAGUUAGGAAAUGUAAUUAUGUGGGUUUUUUUUCAACGGCUACAGCCACACGCUCGGCAAAUAUUCUAACGCUUUCGGAAAUGACGAGAAAAAUCAGGUUAUUAAGCAUUAAUUAGGAGUUUUGCAAUGAUAUCUCUUACAAUCAUUGAAUUGGAAUAAAAUAUCAUUUUUCGAAUGCAACAAAAUAGCAUAAGAAAGUAAACUGUUGGCCAAUAUAUGCCAGGCUUAUGGUGUAGUCGAGGAAUUCUGUCUUUAAAGUUUGUG